AUGGUGGUAGACACGACAUAUUAUGACUUGCUAGGCGUAGCUACGGAUGCCAAACAGAUUGAUAUCAAGAAAGCGUACAGAAAAAAAUCAGUGAAGGAGCAUCCAGACAAAAAUCCCGAUGAUCCCACAGCAACUGAAAGAUUUCAAGCUAUUUCUGAAGCUUAUCAAGUCUUGAGUAGCGAGGAGUUACGUAUGAAGUACGAUAAGUUCGGUAAAGAAGAAGCUAUGCCUAAGAAUGGCUUCGAGGAUGCAGGUGAACAGUUUGCUGCGAUAUUCGGUGGUGAGGCAUUUACGUCUUAUAUUGGGGAAUUAACGUUGUUGAAGAAUAUUCAAAACACACAAGAGUUAAGUGAAGAGGACGAAAGAGCAAAGGAACAAGAAGCAAGUGAAAAGGCCACUCAGCAAGCUCAUAAUUUGAAUAAUAAUAACAAUGCAUCUAAUGGUGAUGAUGACACUAAAUCUGCUGAGGAUAGCACUAAUAAUGGAACUGCCAAGAAGCUAACAUCAGGAGGCGAUGAUUCGUCCAAUCCCGAGACUAAGAAAAAGGGUAAGCUAGAAGAGUUCGAAGAGCAGCAAAUGUUAGAUAAAGAGAAGAGUAUAGAAGAGCUCAGUAAGACGUUAUCGGACCGUUUGUCCAUACUAACGGAAAGUGCAUACGAUGAUGCUUGCAAGGAGUCAUUUGAUAAAAAAUUCGAAGAAGAGGCGAACAUGUUGAAGAUGGAAUCGUUUGGAUUAGAUAUCUUGCAUACAAUAGGUGAAAUCUAUUGUGAAAAGGCGAACAUAUUCUUGAAAUCACAAUAUUUAUGGGGUUUUGGAGGUUUUUACCAUUCAGUAAAGGCUAAAGGUGGCUUAGUGAUGGAUACCGUACGGACCGUUUCUGCAGCCUUAGAUGCUCAAUCUACCAUGACUGAGUUGGAGAAAUUAAAGGAAACUGCGAACUCGGAGGAACCACUAAAGGAUGAAGCUGGAAACGUUGUUGAAAAACCAACUGUGGAAGAGUUAGCACAAUUGGAGCAGUUAUUAAUGGGUAAAGUCCUUUCAGCCGCAUGGUACGGCUCAAAAUUCGAGAUCAUGUCAACUUUAAGAAGCGUAUGUGAUAAAGUUCUAGAAGAUGAGACCGCCGAGAUGUCAACAAGGAUAAGAAGAGCUGAGGCUUUGAAAAGACUUGGGAAAGUUUUCAGAAGGGCAUACCGGACGAAAACAGAACAAGAGGAUGCCCAAGUGUUUGAAGAGCUCGUGGCGGAAGCAAGCAAGAAAAAGGGUCAUAAGCAUCACACUAGCAGCACUGCCAAUAAACAGUGA